CGGCUACUUCAGAGAGUUCAGAGUGCUGGGUGCUGUGAGUGCUGUGACUCUCGUUGAGUGAGCGUAAAUAAAGUUGCAAUUUUAUAAAAGUUAUAAUUGAACGGUAGUGUUACUCCGACCGUCACGAAAAAUAGAAAAAUUCUGUGAGAAAUGGGGCGCCGUUCGAUCAACACCACGAAGAGUGGGAAAUACAUGAAUCCCACUGAUCAAGCACGAAAGGAAGCGCGCAAGAAAGAAUUAAAAAAGAAUAAGAAGCAACGACAAUUGGUCAGAGCGGCUGUUUUAAAAGGCAAAGAUCCAGCGCAGAUCAUCGAGGAGAUGGAGAAGAUUGAUCAAAUGGAGUAUAAUGUAAUGCAACCGCCACCCUUGAAUGAGAAAGUACUGAAAGACAAACGAAAGAAACUUAAGGAAACUUUAGACCGUGUCUUAAAAAUGUAUGCGAAAGAUGAUCAAGAAAAAUGGGCGGAACUGAAAGAGCAAUUGAUACAGUAUGAGCGUAGAAGGAUAGACUUGGUUUCCUAUUUCGAAGCUGUGCGACAUGCGCAACAAGUGCAAGUUGACGAAAUUCCGUUGCCAUCGGCUGCCAAUGACAUAUCCAGGAUGUAUCCAGGUUCUUUAACAUCACAGAUUCCGUUGCCAGAUAUGCCACAGCCGCCUGCACAUAUGUAUCCACCUCAUCCUCAUUAUAUAUCGCCACAUCAUACUAUAAUGAAUAUUCCUGUACCGCCAAGUAUCUUAAAGAAGACGAGUGCGUAUGCAACUUCGCCGUCUGUACCUACAUUGGCACCCAAUAAGGAGCCGCCUGGUGUACCACCUUUUCCACCUCCGGAACUGUCAAGCGACGACGAAGAUACGGUUGAGAAUGCGAAAGAUCCACCAGCGAAAUCAAGAACGAUACGAUUCGCCGAUGACAAGGAGGACAAUAAGCAGGAGUCGGAGAACAAGGAGAAAGACGGAGAAAAGGAGAAAGAGAAGGACCGGGACAUAGCAAAGGUCAAACCGACCACGUUGCAGCAAAAAAUGUUAGCAAUGGCCGGGCAAGACAUCGAUCAGUUUAUGCGAGAGAUGGAGGUCGUCCAUAAGAAGAGGGAGACCGAGCGUGCUCAAGAUCUGAACGCGCGAUUGUCGCUGCUCGAGACGGAAAACGAAUCCAAUGCUAAAUCUAGCGGUAACAAAUCCGGCAGUAAUAAGUCUAGCAAUAAUAAAGGAGAGGACGAAGAGAUAGAACCGCCUGGGGCGUCGGAGCAUCUCUCUGGCCACGGGCAACACACGUCUCAUCCCCAUACUCAGCACACGCAACAACUUGGCGCGAUGCCACCGAUGGGCAUGCCGCCUCCACCUCUGCUUUACAGGCCACCCCCGCCGCCGUUGCAUCUUAGAAUGCCACCGCCGCCGCCACCUCGUAUCGGACUCCGAUUACCACCUGGACCGCCACCUGGAAUGCCGAGAAUAUUGAGACCCGGACCUCCAAGUAUACCUAGAAUGCCACCGCCGCAAAUGCAGAUGUCGAACAUGUCGAAUAUACCAAAUCCUCAGAUACAACAAACGCAAUCUGGAACAACUGCGCAGCCCAAAACACCGAAUGUUCUUUCCGCUGCGCCGCAAUUGAUCAACAGAAAGGACAAGGAUGGAAAAAGUACCACCACUAUCGAAGCAAAACCACAAAUCAGGAAUCUGGCUGCUGACGUUACUAGAUUUUUACCGACGUCGCUGCGCGUGAAGAGAGACGAUAAAAAGAAAUCUAGCAAUGUCUCCAGGAUUACGGAAAGGCUACCAGAAGCGCAGCCGCUUAGAACAACGCAGCCUAAGACGAAAGAUGACGCAUAUAUGCAAUUUAUGCAAGAAAUGGAAGGAUUACUCUGAAUCUUAAAAAAAAAGUGUAUGCUUUACUUAAUUGGAAUCAAUAUAUGAAUUUUAUACAAUGUACAAUGUACAUGAUAUUUCUGUUAUUUAGUGUCAUUUGGAGAUAAUGUUUCUAUAUCUUUAAGUAUAUAAUGAAAAUAAGACACUCGUGCAGAAAAAAGAUUAAAGAGCUUAGGAAAA